CCCAGUUAGAUUUCUAGCAUACAUUUGGCUGUAGACCUAGACCAUAUAUCUCUGUUAUUAAAAGGUAAUUUUCUAGCUAAAGUCAAGAGGUAGCCAGGAAACAAUGAGUGAUCCAUCGUCAAGUCUCAGAAAAAACAAGAAGACACCCUUGCCUGGUGUGAAAAAAAUUCCAGGGCAAAGGGCUGUACCAUUUAGGAGUCAACCAACUGACUUUCUGUCUCCUUCAGAAUUGGAUGAUUUUGAUGAUGUCCUGAGUCGCACCUCGUCUAGACUCUCCACAACAGGCAACAGGGGUGACCUAGGGUCAAUGCCAGGUCAAAAGGUCAACCACCUACCAAAGAUAUCCCCCAGGGAUAAAACAAAUGCUCCUACAGAUAUUGAUUUGAUGUCCAGCAUGAUGGGACGAAUAUCCAAACUAGAGCUUCAGGUUAAAUACUAUGCCAAGAAAAUCAUUGAGAAGGAUAAGAAGGUUAAUAUUUUGGAGGAGAAGAUUGGCUUGAUGAAGAAAUACCAAGAUGAGCCUGAUAUUGAGUCUCGGAGAAUCAAAGAAUUAGAGAGAAAAUGUCAAUCUUUACAGGAACAGAUUCAAGAUAUGGAGGACUUUUUAUCAGAUUAUGGCAUGGUGUGGGUAGGUGGUACACACGAGGAGGGUGAAGCUAGAACUUCCAAGGUGGAUGGGCUAUAUGAGGAGUUAGAUUCUGAUUCUUUUAUCAAGAGCCAAGGCGUAUGGAGGCCAGGGUCAUCGCUCGUCUCAUCGGAGAACUGCAUUCCAAACUUUGACCUGGUGCUGAAGAACAUCCAGGAACUGAACAUCGUUGCUAGAGAAGGAGAGAAGAAGAUUCAGCACACUGUGAGUGGAGCACGUUUCAAGACGGUCGAUAGCAUUCCCCUCACCCUGUACGCAAACGGGUUCUUCAUGUUCAACGGACCAUUCCGUUCGUACGACGAACCAGAAACACAGCAAUGCAUGCAAGAUCUUACAGAAGGUUAUUUCCCAACCGAGCUGCAGUCUAGAUAUCCUGAUGGUGUCCCAAUCAAGGUGGAUGAUCAGAGAGAUGUGGCUUUUAAAGACCAACGUAACCGGGAGUUCUUCCCUGGUACUGGCCUAGCCGUUGGUGGGUGCAAUGAUGGGCCAUCAAGACUGGUACCCUCUAACCUGGAUAAGGCCACCAGUAUGGCAAGCAGUGGACCACCUGUCAGUCAGGAGCAUGGACCACUCAAGUUAAGAGAAACAACCAAGCCCCCAGUGGACCCCAUGUCAGUAGAUCAGUUCCUCGGCAAGCUACACCCUACCAUGUCAUCAGGUGGAAAGGUCAUUGACGUCAGGUCAUUAGUGGCUGAUUUGCUAAAGGAGGAGACGAUACCCAACGCCGUCACGGUAGUCAACACCCCCAUAGUUCGGGAUAUCAAAGAGAGAGCCCUCUCUGGUAAGACCGGUCAAUCCAAUCGCCCGGUCUCUGCAAGGUCAUUGCCACGGAGUGAUGUCACAACCCUGCGUGUUAAAUCGGAGAGCGGAGACCAUACUUACAUCUUGAAGUUGAGAUUUACCGACACCAUAGGAGAUCUGAGGAUGCAUCUUGAUAAACAGAGGAAACCACAUGCCCCUGACUACAUUCUGGUGACGACAUUCCCUAAUAGGACAUACACCGAUCUGGAGUCAACUCUGGAAGCAAGUGGAUUAACACCAAAUGCUACUGUUCUGAUGAAAUUAAAGAUGAGAUAACACCAAACACAUCUUGCUUGUCUUCAUCCAUUUUGUAACUGACAAUGACAAAAUUGACACUGGAAGGGAAUGGAUUAACACCAAAUGCUACUGUUCUGAUGAGAUUGAAGAUGAGAUAACACGUACAAACACAUCAUGCUUGUCUUCAUCCAUUUUGUAACUGACAAUGACAAAAUUGACACUGGAAGGGAAUGGAUUAACACCAAAUGCUACUGUUCUGAUGAGAUUGAAGAUGAGAUAACACCAAACUCAUCUUGCUUGUCUUCAUCUAUUUUGUAACUGACAAUGACAAAAUUGACGCUGGAAGGGAAUGGAUUAACACCAAAUGCUACUGUUCUGAUGAAAUUGAAGAUGAGAUAACACCAAACACAUCUUGCUUGUCUUCAUCCAUUUUGUAACUGACAAUGACAAAAUUGACACUGGAAGGGAAUGGAUUAACACCAAAUGCUACUGUUCUGAUGAAAUUGAAGAUGAGAUAACACCAAACACAUCUUGCUUGUCUUCAUCCAUUUUGUAACUGACAAUGACAAAAUUGACACUGGAAGGGAAUGGAUUAACACCAAAUGCUACUAUUCUGAUGAAAUUGAAGAAUGAAUAGUGUUAAUCACCAUCAUGUUUUUUUGUAAUCUCUUUUGUAGAUGACAAUGAAUGAAACCGACAUUGCCAUGUUAAAGCAACACAAAUUUCAGAAUUCAGCACUAAAGGCGAAUGCAUGAUUAACUUUUUAAAAUCUCUCCAAUUUUUGGUGAAGUUCAAGAAUAGAAAGCGUCAACCAUCAUGUCUUUAAAUCGUUUGCAAAUUCUGAUCCUCGUCUGUUCUGAAUUGGACAAUGAAAGUGGAUGGAUUACAUGGAGUAAUUAAUACUGCUACAUGUAAUGUACAGCACCUAGCUGUAUUGCAUCAUCAGUCUAUUGGGUAGUUAAUGUUUUUGAUCGGUGCAGAUGGAUAUUGAAAUGAUAAAUGCUAGUGCCAUCAUUUUGGUAGCUUUUCCUGCUUAACCUGGACAAUGAAUACAUGUGUAAACAAUACAUUCUUUAUGAACAUGAACGGAUCUGAAUUCA